CAAUCUGGUUUCAAGCAAUUGAUCCAAUGAAAUGGAGAGUAAUGGAAGAUGAUUUUUUGAACAUCAGAGAAUCUUCUUAUCAGCCUAAACCGGAACUGAGAGAUCUAAAGAGAAGCAUUGAAUCCAAGAAGAGGCAGUACAAUAACAUGGACCUUCAAAGUUCUUUGACUCAGGAGAUUAUACAACUUCAAAAAGGAUUACAUCAACAACUUAUGAUGCGGCAAGCAUUCGAGAAAACAUGUUAUCGACAAUUUUCACAGGAUACUACAGUAGAAGACUCAAUACCUAAGGCUGCAAAGGAACUUAUUAAGGAAAUUGGGAUAUUAGAGUUAGAAGUCAGGUAUUUGGAACAAUAUCUGCUCUCUUUGUAUCGGAAACGAUUUGAUGAACACAUUUCAUCUCUAUCAACCAAAGAAAGAAGAUUGGAUUUAGCUUCAUACAUUAACAAAGAUACUUCUGCAGUAAACGGAAACGAUGCUAUUCCAGACAAAGAAAGAAGAUUGGAAUUAGCUUCACACAUUAACCAACGAACAUCUGUAAUACCUGUCAGUGGUGCUUUCUCUGACAAAGAAAUUUCAGUUCGACACUCAAGUGAUAUCAUAAGUAAUUUAGGUGUUUUAGACUCUGGUAUUCAUCGGUGUUACUCUGCAUUAUCUCAACAAACAGUUUGCUCAAUUGAUGUUUCUCCUGAGAACAUUAAGACCAUAGCUGCAGACUCUUACCAUUCUCUACCGUUAUCGAUGCUAGAGCAAGCUCGGUGCGCUAAAUCCCACUCAACUAGUCUAGCAGAACACCUUGGGAAUAGCUUCAUUGAUAACUUUCCAGAGACGCCAAAUUGGAUUUCUGAGGAGAUGAUCAAAUGCAUAUCAGCAAUAUUUUGUGAACUUUCAGAGUCACCUUUUCUUUGUCAUAAAAACGCGUCAUCCCUUAUUCCGUUCUCAUCAUCCGUUUAUGAGGAGGUAUCUUCAAAGAUCCAGAGCAGUAAGUGGGGAUCACAAUGGAAGAACCAUUCGCUAUUCAGUUUAAACUCCAGUAACUCUCUCCAUGUCAAAGGGUCAAAAAAAUUCAGUGGACCUUAUUGUUCAAUGAUAAGGAUUCACAAAUUAUGCACAGAUAGUCAGAAAUUAAAAGAAGUUGAGUACAUGCUACGCAGAUUUAGGUCACUUGUUUCUAGGCUUGAAGAAAUUAAUCCAAGAAAUCUGAAACACGAAGAAAAGCUAGCCUUUUGGAUUAAUGUGCACAAUGCCUUAGUAAUGCAUGCCUUAUUAGUUUAUGGAAUUUCAGCCAACAAUGUCAAGAGAAUGUCUUCCGUACUUAAAGCUGCAUAUGACAUUGGGGGUCAUACUGUAAGUGUGGAAAUGAUACAGAAAUUAAUUCUGGGAUGCAGAUUGCCACGUCCAGGACAAUGGUUGCGGCUGUGGUUUCCUUCAAAGACAAAACUAAAGGUCAAAGAUUUAAGAAAAGGAUAUGCUAUACAUCGUCCAGAACCUUCAUUAUUAUUUGCUCUUAGCACAGGAAGCCAUUCCGAUCCUGCGGUACGUUUGUACACGUCCAAGAGAGUCUUGGAGGAGCUACAAUCUGCAAAAGAAGAAUAUAUUCAAUCCAACGUCGUUAUAACCAAGGAACAUAAAAUAAUUCUCCCAAAGAUAGUUGAUUCCUUUGCCAAAAGUGCAGGUCUAGGAGUAUCUGAUUUGGUGGAGAUGGUUAAACUAUAUCUACCCGAGUCUCAAAGGAAGAGCAUCCAAGAGUUCCAAUCAAAAUCAAGCUGGAAAGGAACUGAAUUAACCUCUCAUGACUUCACUUUUCAUUACCUGCUUUCAAAGGAAUUAGCUUGGGAAUGACUUGCCUUAGUACGAUACAUGAAUUUGCCUGGAUGGCAUAAGGAAAUCCGUCUGGCUCAAAGCGUAACUGGUGAAUAAUAAAUGUAUGCCGUGUAUGUCUGGAAUGGCAACAUUCCAGACGAGGGCAUGGAGCAGGGUGUGAUGUUACAACGGAUAGAAAGCAACAAUCUGGAAGUUUUGGGAAACUAGCCUGGACUUCAUUAUUGUUACUGAACUUUGGGAGCUUGGGUUUAAGUAUUUUACUAUUGCUAAAUUGGUAGUCACUUUAUGGAUGUAUAUUCUUUGCCUCAAUAUUCACUUUGGCCAAUUGAUCAAUCCUAAACACUGUUUUACUUUGUGUCUGCUUAGCGAAAAUACUAAGAAGUUUUUGGUCAUACAUCAUGACAAGAUAAUAAGGGAGAAUCAUGGAAAGGGGGAAAAUGCAGCUACUCCUAAAAUUUCUCAAAC